AUAUAUGGGCCUUCAAAAUACAGGGACAUCAUUCUAAGUUCUUUGUUAAAGAAUAUUAGUAUUCUUUAUAAAAUGUCUCGCUUCGUAGUCCUCGCUAUCUUCAUCCAGGCCUGCCUGCUCCAGAUGGUUCUGAGCCAGUCAUGCGGUGGUAACCAGUACUCAUACUCGUCCGGAUUGAGCUCUCAGAGCUGCGGCUCGUACGGCGGCACCGGCGCCGGACAGGUGGGCGUGUCCGGCAACAUCGACGCGUGCGGCAACACCUGCGUGACCGGCUCCGUGCCCGUGCUCGGCUCCGUUGACUUCGGUGGAUGCGUGCCCGCGUCCGGCUCCGUGUCCAUCUCCGGACAAUGCGGAUGUGGAUGCCAAUGAUUUGCUAAUUUCGCUCAAUAAAUAUAAAUAAAAGAAAGAUUAGUUAAAUAU